AGUAUUCUAAUGAAUAUAGUAUUCAUAGUAUUUAAUUAUAGGAUAUUUACUUUACUAUAUUAUAGGGUAUUGAUAUUUAUUAUAGUUAUAGGCAUAGGAAUAGUUAUAGGCAUAGGAUAUUUUAGUAUUUUAUUACCUUUUUCUAGAGGAUAGAGAACCCAAGACAAAGUGAGAGAGUUUUGUUUGUGUAAGAGCAUCCUAUGUCUACACCAUAUCUAAAUAGAAUCGAAAUCCAAAAUGUAAGUGGGAUUCCAUUAGAUGAAUCUUUAAACAAAACAUGCCCCACAGCAAACAAACUCUAAACUAUGCAGUUUGAUUUGAUCAAAAUCAAUUCUUGUUUCGCCUAAGAUAAGAAGUUAUGGAUGAAUUGACAAUUCCGAUUCGAAUCGAAUAAUUCAGCAUAUUCCACAUUAAUAGGAGUACAUUUAUGUUUCUGCUUCACGAAUAUGAUAUUUUCUGGGCAUUUCUAAUAAUAUCAAGCGUUAUUCCUAUCUUGGCAUUUGUAAUUUCCGGAGUUUUAGCCCCGGUUAGUGAAGGACCAGAGAAGCUCUCUAGUUAUGAAUCGGGUAUAGAACCCAUUGGGGAUGCUUGGUUACAAUUUCGAAUCCGCUAUUACAUGUUUGCUCUAGUUUUUGUUGUUUUUGAUGUUGAAACGGUCUUUCUUUAUCCAUGGGCAAUGAGUUUCGAUGUAUUGGGUGUAUCUGUAUUUAUCGAAGCUUUAAUUUUUGUGCUUAUCCCAAUUGUUGGUUCAGUUUAUGCAUGGCGAAAAGGAGCAUUGGAAUGGUCUUAACUGAAUAUUCAGACAAUCAAAAUAAAAAUGAAGGAAAAGAUUACAUUGAGACAGUUAUGAAUUUGAUUGAGUUUCCCUUAGUUGACAAAACAAUUACCAAUUCAGUUAUUUCAACUACAUUGAAUGAUCUUUCGAAUUGGUCAAGACUUUCCAGUUUAUGGCCGCUUCUAUACGGUACCAGUUGUUGUUUCAUUGAAUUUGCUUCAUUAAUAGGCUCGCGAUUCGACUUUGAUCGUUAUGGAUUGGUACCAAGAUCGAGUCCUAGACAAGCAGACCUAAUUUUAACAGCCGGCACAGUAACAAUGAAAAUGGCUCCUUCUUUAGUAAGAUUAUAUGAGCAAAUGCCUGAACCAAAAUAUGUCAUUGCUAUGGGAGCUUGUACUAUUACAGGAGGGAUGUUCAGUACUGAUUCUUAUAGUACUGUUCGUGGAGUCGAUAAGCUAAUUCCUGUCGAUGUCUAUUUGCCGGGCUGCCCACCUAAACCAGAGGCGGUUAUAGAUGCUAUAACGAAACUUCGUAAGAAAAUAUCUCGAGAAAUCUUUGAAGAUAGAACUGUGUCUCAACAGGAAAAUCGAUGUUUUACUACCAAUCACAAGUUUUGUGUUAGACGCAGUACUCAUACUGGAAAUUAUGAUCAAGAAUUGCUCUAUCAAUCACCAUCUACUUCAGAGAUACCUUCUGAAACAUUUUUCAAAUCCAAAAGUUCAGUAUCUCCCCAUGAAUUAGUGAAUCAGACAAGGUAAGGUUCUUUUGUGCAGAAUAAGAAAGAAAGGGUCAAUCUUUAAAAAUUUCAUUGUAAAUUGAAAUACUCAUACAAAUACAAAUGUGGGAGAGAUCAAGAAGAUGCAGCAGGAUCGUUUAUCUGAUUGGUUAGUCAACCAUGAUUUAGUUCAUAGAUCUUUGGGCUUUGAUUGCCGAGGAAUAGAAACUUUACAAAUAAAAACCGAGGAUUGGGAUUCCAUUGCUGUCAUUUCAUAUGUAUAUGGUUACAAUUAUUUACGCUCCCAGUGUGCCUAUGAUGUAGCACCAGGCGGAUUUUUAGCCAGUGUGUAUCAUCUUACGAGAAUACAGUAUGGUAUAGCUAAACCAGAAGAGGUAUGCAUAAAAGUAUUUGCCCCAAGGAAUAAUCCUAGAAUCCCGUCUGUUUUCUGGAUUUGGAGAAGUGCUGAUUUUCAAGAACGCGAAUCUUAUGAUAUGUUGGGAAUCUCUUAUGAUAAUCAUCCACGCCUUAAACGUAUUUUGAUGCCGGAAAGUUGGAUAGGUUGGCCCCUACGUAAGGACUAUAUUACCCCCAAUUUCUAUGAAAUACAAGAUGCUCAUUAAAUGAUAAGAAAUUAAUGUUUACUUAAUACGACUAUGACACGAUUCCAGAUUUCUUUCAAGUGAAGGAAUAUUUUUACGUUCCGUUCUAGAUGAAAGAAAGUAACCGGACUUUAAUUCGUAUUAUGGAUAACCUAAAAAAAACUUCAUUUAUAUUCCAAAAUUUGGAAUAGAUCAUAUCCAUUUCGUAUGAGCAGAAACAAUGGGAUGAAUCAAAAGAGUUCUGCACUAUGAACUUUGUACCGCGCACAUAACUUACUUAGAUGUAGAUGGACCUCGGAAAGUAACGUAAGCAAGAGUGAAGAAAUGGAAUAAAUGUCAAAAAUAUGAAAUGAAGAAAUGAAAAGGGAUUGGAUUUUAUUUGUACUGUGUCUGAAGUGCAUUCUGUCU